AUGGCUCAGGUCGAAGUAUUAAAAAACAAACGCACAGCUCUGAAGACUAGAAUCACCAAGUGCAACAAUUGGAUCCAAGCAGAUGGCAGAAAUGCAAUGGUGGAACUCAUAGAAGAAAAGUUGAAAACCAUUCGAGAAAAGUUCGCUGCAUGGGAACAAAGCAACGCCACCCUCCUCGAGCUGGACCUGGACCACGUAGCUGUAAAUCUAGCAGAAACCGAGGCUGUUGAAGAUGCUUAUCACAACGCAGUAGCAUCGCUGAAACAUUUGAUCAACUCCAAGAAUCAGCCUCCCUCAUCACCACCAAUCCCUCAACAGACGCCAGCUGCUGGAGCUAGCUAUCCUCCGCAGUUUAACAUGAAAUUGCCUGAAAUAACUCUCGACAAAUUUGAUGGCAGUUUUGACAAGUAUCGACCAUUCAGGGACCAAUUCAAUGCUCGUCUCCCAAGUAGCGUUGGAAAGAUCAUCCGACUUCAGUAUCUUCAAUCGCUAGUGAUUGGAGAAGCUCGACAAGUGAUCGAAGCAUUGGAGAUCACUGAAAAUAACUACGAAGUAGCCUGGGAUCUACUGGACAAGAAAUACAACGUCCCCAGGCAAGCUCUCCGACGCCAUUGCUCUCUACUUCUCAACGUAGGAAAGAGGAACAGAGAGAGCAACAAAUCCCUCACAGACCUGGUGAAUUUUGUACGCCAACAAUUACGAUUGAUCAAGGCCUUCGGCGGCCCAGAAGAGCAGCUAAAUGGCCUGAUCAGCACCAUUAUCCUCAAUCAGCUGGAUGAUGACCUCGUUUUCCAAUGGGAAACACAUAUCGAAGGCAAUGACAUGCCGAAGCACGAGCUACUCCUCGACUUCCUCGAAAAACGUGGAAUCUGUGCCAAAAGCAGUACAGAAUCUUCCAAAAAUAACAAACAGAAGAGUGACCAACUGAACAGAAACCCCACACAAAAGAGCUCACAAUUCAAACAACAAGGUAAUUCUUCAUCUAGUCACUCAACCCCCAAGGCACAAACUUUCUUCUCCAACGUCAUCAGAAAGUGUCCAGUCUGUACUGAAGAGUACAGAAUUUAUGAAUGUCCAAAAUUCAUGGAGAUGGACAUCGAGAAGCGUAAGAAGGUCAUCUUCAAUCAAGGCCGUUGUCUCAACUGCUUCGCCAAAGGACAUGGAGUCAAGGAAUGCAAGUCGAAGUAUUUCUGCAAGACUUGUAAUGAUCCAGAAGCUAAGCACCACUCACUACUCCACUACAUCAAGGAAUCUUCAACAGCACCAGGCACCACCAGUGCAUGA